AUGUUUCCUUCCAUAAUUGUGAAUUUCAUAUUAUCAAAACAAUUGGGGAAUUGGAAAUAUUUAGAGUACACAACUUUCUUUCUUUAUGAUAACUUUAAUGGGCAUCCAAAUAAUUUGGAGACACCUACAACAACAAAAUUAAUUAUAAGUCUCAAUGAUGCCUUUAAACACUUGACGAAGAACAUAAGUCAAACACCAAUUUCGGUCCUUGCCACAUUUGAAAAAAUUUUUGGAAUGAAAUCUUGUAAAUUUGGUGUACAAGACAAUGUAUCUUUUAUUUUGUUUCGCCUGACUAAGACAGUUAAUAUAGAUGAAAAAUGGAUCAAACAAAUUACUGACAUGUUCAAUGUCCUUCUCAGGUAUUGGGAAAAUUCAAUUUUGGCUGCUAUUUGUUCUUGUCACUUUUUGCAAAACCUAAACACGCAAGAAAACGAUAAUCCUUUGACUUAUGAGCAAAAACAACAGCAUCUUACGCGUCUCAGAAAUAUUCUGAUAAGAAUCUGCCAAAAUUUGACUAAUAGACAAAUGGCUGACUUUAAUGAUAAUCUCGGCGUUCUUCAAAACCAUCUUGGUAAUUUUGAAAUAUUUGUAAACCAAUCAAAUGUUUCUUUAGAAACUAAAAUAGAAGUCAAAGAAAAGAUAGAAACCAGAUUAAGAAUUCCCUCUUUUAUUUCAAUUGGAACAACGGCUGCAUUCUGGACUUCUUUAAAUUUUCAAAUGAAAGUUUUUGGUACUAUGACUAGUGAUGUAUUAGUUUUUGUUAUGAUAAUCAAGCAAAAAAAACUGCGUGAAAUCAUUUAUGAGCAUGAAUGUAUGCAGGGUACUUGCAAAAAUUUUUGGGCGAGAUUAAUGAACAGAUCAAAUGAUAUUGACUUUGAUGAUGAAAUUGAUGGUCAACUAUUAAUCUGGCUUGUUCAAUUUGAAGCUUUUCAUGAUAAAAUUACAAGAGUUGAGUUUGAGAAUAGAAAUGUGCUAUCUAGAUUAAUUGCAGUUGAAACAUUUGUCGAGUUAAAGCGUAACGCACUGUAUCACGAUAAACAAACUGAAAGGUCAGCUGGAAAGAAAAUUCAAAUCAAAACGGAACUUGAUAUCUCUUUAUGUCCUAAAAAAAUUCAAAUCAAAAGCGGAACACUCUGGGCAAUCCAGCAGGUUUCUUUAACUUCUGCUUUCUUUCAUAUAUCAAAUGUCGGGGGUUGUUCUCUCAAUGCGAUUUCUGGAGCAUCCAGCUUUCUUUUUGAUAACUCUUUCUCUAAUGGGCGUCCAAACAAUUCGGUGACACCUGUGGCAACAAACUUAAUUACAAUUCUCAAUAAUACCUUUAAAUACUUGGCGAGGAGCGCAGUUGAAGUGCCAGUUUUGGUCCUUGACAGAUUUAAUAUGCAAGAUGGAGUAUCUAUUAUUUUGUUUCGCCCGGCUGAAGCAGAUGAGAGAUGGAUCAGACAAACUACUGACAGGUUCAACGCCUUUCUCGAUAAUAGAAGGAUUUGGGUGCAAAGACAACCAAUGAAUUCCAAUCUUUGGUCACUUGCAAUAGCAAUUUUGGCUGCUAUUUAUAAUCUCGGCGUUCUUCAAAACCAUCUUGAUAAUUUUGAAACAUUUGUAAACCAAUCAAAUGAUGAUUUAAAAGCUAAAAUAGAAGUUCUACAAAAAGAAAAAGAAAUGAAAGAAAUAAAAAUCGGCAACAAUAGAUCUUUAGGUGCUAUGGCUAGUGGCGUAUUCGUUGGCAUUUCAUUUCAUUAUGACAUAAUGAUAGCAUCAGGUGAAAUUAAUUAUGAACUAAGAAUCUGGCUUAAGAAAUUUAGAGAUUUCCGUGAUGAAAUUGCAAAUAUGAUGGUAAACUUUUUGGGGCAAAAUGAGGAAAGACAUAUGUUUGAUUUUUGCUCAGAUAUUUUAAAUUUUGCCGAUCGUGACGUUCCGUCAUAUGAUCAAUCUCUCGAGUUUGAUCUUCAUGGAUUAAUUCUUAAUCAAUUAGCCGAGGUUCUAAGUUCAGAUAAUAAUGAUACUACAAAUGAAGAAUUGGAACGUUUGAUAAAGCGAUGCCCAGAAAUUUCUAUGAAUAAUGAGGAAGAAAAUCAAAUUGGAAUAAUAAAUAAGAUAUGCGUACAAAACAUAUCAGCAUUAGCUUCAUUUGCAUCAAAUACAAAUAAUGAAGCAUUCGUAGAUGAAAUUCUCCCAAUUCUCUUAAAAUAUUUAAAAUAUCUUCCAAAUUUUUCAUUUGAAGUAGAUCUUACAUGGAAGGCAAUUAUUGUAAAAGAAUUAUUGAACAUAGCGAUAAAACAUAAACAACAACGAGAAAAAAUUUUCAAAGAAGUUAUUUCAUUUAUGGGAACAUUCUCAAAUUUAUUAAAAUGCGGAGAUGGUAAUUAA